AUGGGAGGGGGAGAGCCGACUGAGAGGAAGAGCACCGCCAGCCAUGGCCUUCCUCUUCUUCACACAAGGGCGCUCAUGCGUCGGACCCCAGCAAACAGAGUAUUCGCAGUUGUAUAUUUGUGUGUCAUCUUGGCUCUGCUAUAUCACCAUUUCAUUGCUCUACUCCAUUCCGCUUCCAUAGUCUCCUUCCUCAUUCUUCUAGCUGACGCAGUGCUGGCUUUCAUGUGGGUAGCUACUCUGGCUUUUCGCAUGUGUCCCACAGAACGUCAGAUUUUCAUUGAACACCUUGAGCAUUAUGCCAAGGAGAGUAAUUACCCGGGUUUGGAUGUGUUUAUAUGCACUGCUGAUCCAUAUAAGGAGCCACCGAUUGAUGUGGUGAACACUGCUCUGUCUGUGAUGGCAUACGAUUAUCCAACAGAGAAGCUGUCGGUAUAUGUGUCGGAUGAUGGAGGUUCCCAGCUGACUCUCUUUGCUUUUAUGGAGGCUGCAAGGUUUGCCUCCCACUGGCUACCCUACUGUAAGAAGAACAAGAUUGUAGAGAGGUGCCCCAAAGCUUAUUUAACAUGGGCUCACAUUGAUCUCAAUUAUUCUAGCAUGGGCUCUUUAUUUAACAUCUUCGAUAGCAUUCUAAGAUAUGGGGACUUGAUUAAUUUUCUCAUUGUUUGCUCCAUUAGUUCCCUAGUUGAAUCAAGAAGAGACACAUCAUUUUUACUUAACAUCAUGUCUACCUUUUUUGGAAAGAAAACAAGAGUACCUCAACCAACAUGGAUAUCUACGUGGCUAAGACAGUCUAAAUAG